UUAAAAAGGCCAAAUUCGACGGGCCCCAAGAGAAGUUCAACACCUACGUGACACUGAAGGUGCAGAAUGUCAAGAGUACCACCAUCGCCGUGCGGGGCAACCUGCCCGCCUGGGAGCAGGACUUCAUGUUCGAGAUCAACCGUCUGGACCUGGGCCUGACAGUGGAGGUGUGGAACAAGGGCCUGAUUUGGGACACCAUGGUGGGGACGGUGUGGAUCCCAUUGCGCACCAUCCGGCAAUCCAAUGAGGAGGGUCCCGGGGAAUGGCUGACUCUCGACUCGCAGGUCAUCAUGACCGACAAUGAGAUUUCAGGCACCAAGGACCCCACCUUCCACCGCAUCCUCCUCGACACCCGCUUCGAGCUGCCGCUGGACAUCCCCGAGGAGGAGGCGAGGUACUGGGCAAAGAAGCUGGAGCAGCUCAAUGCCAUGCGGGACCAGGACGAUUACGCCUUCCAGGAGGAGCAGGAGAAGCCUCUGCCUGUGCACGGCUCCCAGUGCUGCAACUGGAAUUAUUUUGGCUGGGGAGAGCAGCAGAACGACGACCCCGACAGCACGGUGGAUGACCGGGAUAGUGAUUACCGCAGCGAGACCAGCAACAGCAUCCCCCCCCCCUACUACACCACCUCGCAGCCCAACGCCUCGGUGCACCAGUACCCCAUGCGGCACCAGCAGCAGAGCUCCCGCGACUCCUACACUGACUCCAUGCAGAGCUACGAGAUGGACUACUCAGACCAGCGGCCCAUCAGCCCCACGGGGAGCAGCCGCUACGCCUCGUCGGCCGAGCUGAGCCAAGGCAGCUCCCAGCUGAGCGAGGACUUCGAGAACGAGAGCCUGCGGGACUCAGAGCUGGACGAGCGGGACGGCGACUCCUACCACUCCUGCCACAGCUCUGUCAGCUACCACAAGGACUCGCCGCGCUGGGAGGAGGAUGAGGAUGAUGACCUCUACCUGGAGGAGGAGGAGGAGGAAGAGUUCAAUGAGGACUACAGUGAGAAUGAGGAAGGCUACCCCAAGGAGGAGGAGGAGGAGGAGGAAGCGGAGGAAGAGCUGCGGGAGCCGGGUGCCUACGAAGCCCCUGAGCGUGACACCUAUCCCACACCACAGAAACCACAGCAGCAGCAGCAGGUCCCGCAGGUGAAGCCGCAGCAGCAGGAAAGGAAAGAGGAGAGGAAAGAGGAGAGGAAGGAAGAGAGGAAAGAGGAGGGGAAGGAGGAGCAGGACACCUCUGCCCCACAGGAGACCCCGGAGGUGCAGAGAGAUGAAGCUCCUGUGCCAGAGCCAGCACCCGAACCCGAGCCCCCAAAACCGGAUGAGAGGGAGCCGGCAGAGGCGGAGGUGCAGGACCCCAAAGCAAGAGCCAAAGCCAACUGGCUGCGAGCCUUCAACAAGGUCUGCCUGCAGCUGCAGGAGGCUCGCGGGGAAGGCGAUGGAGAAGCUAAAUCGCUUUGGUUCAAAGGCGGGGGGGCGGCUGUAAGGUUUCUGCGCUGCAUUAACAGCAUGCCCGACAUUAAGCCCGGACGCAAAUCUCUCCCUCUAGUCAGCGAUCUGGCGAUGUCCUUGGUCCAGUCCAGGAAAGCAGGAAUCACAUCCGCACUGGCCUCCAGCACCUUGAACAACGAGGAGCUGAAAAACCAUGUUUACAAGAAGACCCUGCAAGCCUUAGUGUACCCCAUCUCCUGCACCACGCCCCACAACUUCGAGGUGUGGACGGCCACCACCCCCACCUACUGCUACGAGUGUGAGGGGCUGCUGUGGGGCAUCGCCCGGCAGGGCAUGCGCUGUGCCGAGUGCGGGGUCAAGUGCCACGAGAAGUGCCAGGACCUGCUCAACGCCGACUGCCUGCAGAGGGCGGCGGAGAAGAGCUCCAAGCACGGAGCCGAGGACCGCACUCAGAACAUCAUCAUGGUGCUGAAAGACCGCAUGAAGAUCCGCGAGCGCAACAAGCCGGAGAUCUUCGAGCUGAUCCAGGAGGUGUUCGGGGUCACCAAGACCACGCACACGCAGCAGAUGAAGGCGGUGAAGCAGAGCGUCCUGGACGGCACCUCCAAGUGGUCGGCCAAGAUCAGCAUCACGGUGGUUUGUGCGCAGGGCCUGCAAGCAAAGGAUAAGACGGGCUCCAGUGACCCCUACGUGACCGUCCAGGUUGGAAAGACGAAAAAAAGGACUAAAACCAUCUAUGGCAAUCUCAACCCAGUCUGGGAGGAGAAUUUCCAUUUUGAGUGCCAUAACUCCUCCGACCGCAUCAAAGUCCGCGUCUGGGAUGAGGACGACGACAUCAAGUCCCGCGUCAAGCAGCGCUUCAAGAGGGAGUCCGACGACUUCCUGGGCCAAACCAUCAUCGAGGUGCGGACGCUGAGCGGGGAGAUGGACGUCUGGUACAACCUGGACAAGCGGACGGACAAGUCGGCCGUGUCGGGGGCCAUCCGGCUGCACAUCAGCGUGGAGAUCAAGGGCGAGGAGAAGGUGGCUCCCUACCACGUGCAGUACACGUGUCUGCACGAGAACCUUUUCCACUUCGUGACGGAUUUACAAAACAACGGCGUGGUGAAGAUCCCCGACGCCAAAGGGGACGACGCCUGGAAGGUGUACUUCGAUGAGACGGCGCAAGAGAUCGUGGACGAGUUUGCCAUGCGCUAUGGGGUGGAAUCCAUCUACCAGGCCAUGACGCACUUUGCUUGCCUCUCCUCCAAAUACAUGUGCCCGGGGGUGCCAGCGGUGAUGAGCACCCUCCUCGCCAACAUCAACGCUUACUACGCCCACACCACCGCCUCCACCAACGUCUCCGCCUCCGACCGCUUUGCCGCUUCCAAUUUCGGGGUAAGUCCGAUGAAAGAACGCUUCGUCAAGCUCCUCGACCAGCUGCACAACUCGCUGCGCAUCGACCUCUCCAUGUACCGGAACAACUUCCCCGCCAGCAGUCCCGAGCGGCUGCAGGACCUCAAGUCCACAGUGGAUUUGUUGACCAGCAUCACCUUUUUCCGGAUGAAGGUCCAGGAGCUGCAGAGCCCACCCCGAGCCAGCCAGGUGGUGAAGGACUGCGUGAAGGCGUGCCUCAACUCCACCUAUGAGUACAUCUUCAACAACUGCCACGAGCUCUACAGCCGCGAGUACCAGACCGACCCGACCAAGAAAGGCGAGGUGCCCCCCGAGGAACAGGGGCCCAGCAUCAAAAAUCUGGAUUUCUGGUCCAAGCUCAUCACCCUGAUCGUGUCCAUUAUUGAGGAGGACAAGAACUCCUACACGCCCUGCCUGAACCAGUUCCCCCAGGAGCUGAACGUGGGGAAGAUCAGCGCUGAGGUGAUGUGGAACCUCUUUGCCCAGGACAUGAAGUACGCGAUGGAAGAGCACGACAAGCACCGCCUGUGCAAGAGCGCGGACUACAUGAACCUGCACUUCAAGGUGAAGUGGCUGUACAACGAGUACGUCACCGAGCUGCCCUCCUUCAAGAGCCGUGUGCCCGAGUACCCGGCAUGGUUUGAGCCCUUCGUUAUCCAAUGGCUGGAUGAGAACGAGGAGGUGUCACGGGAUUUCCUGCACGGAGCGCUGGAGCGCGACAAAAAGGAUGGGUUCCAGCAGACGUCAGAGCACGCGCUCUUCUCCUGCUCCGUGGUGGACGUCUUCUCCCAGCUCAACCAGAGCUUCGAGAUCAUCAAGAAGCUCGAGUGCCCCGACCCGCAGAUCGUCGGGCACUACAUGCGGAGGUUCGCCAAGACCAUCAGCAACGUGCUGCUGCAAUACGCCGAGAUCAUCUCCAAGGAUUUCGCCUCGUACUGUUCCAAGGAGAAGGAGAAAGUGCCCUGCAUCCUGAUGAACAACAUCCAGCAGCUCCGCGUCCAGCUGGAGAAGAUGUUCGAGGCCAUGGGGGGGAAGGAGCUGGACACAGAAGCCAGUGACAUCCUCAAGGAGCUGCAGGUGAAGCUCAACAAUGUCCUGGAUGAGCUGAGCCGAGUGUUUGCCACCAGCUUCCAGCCCCACAUUGAGGAGUGUGUCAAGCAGAUGGGGGACAUCCUGAGCCAGGUGAAGGGCACCGGCAACGUCCCCGCCAGCACCUGCAGCAGCGUGGCACAGGAUGCUGACAACGUCCUGCAGCCCAUCAUGGACCUCCUGGACAGCAACCUGACGCUCUUCGCCAAGAUCUGUGAGAAGACGGUGCUGAAGCGCGUGCUGAAGGAGCUCUGGAAGCUGGUGAUGAACACCAUGGAGAAGACCAUCGUGCUGCCGCCCCUCACCGACCAGACGAUGAUUGGCACGCUCUUGAGAAAACAUGGCAAGGGGACAGAGAAGAGCAGGGUGAAGCUGCCCAGUCACACUGAAGGCACGCAGAUGAUCUUCAACGCGGCCAAGGAGUUGGGGCAGCUCUCCAAGCUGAAGGACCACAUGGUGCGGGAGGAAGCCAAGAGCCUGACCCCCAAGCAGUGCGCGGUGGUGGAGCUGGCGCUGGACACCAUCAAGCAAUACUUCCACGCUGGCGGUGUGGGGCUGAAGAAGACCUUCCUGGAGAAGAGCCCUGACCUGCAGUCGCUGCGCUACGCGCUGUCCCUGUACACCCAGGCCACCGACCUGCUCAUCAAAACCUUCGUGCAGACACAGACAUCACAAGUCCAUGGUGGAAAAGGUGUUAGGUUUACCCUUAGUGAAGAGAUUUAUCCUGAGAAGGGAUCCGGUGUGGAGGACCCCGUGGGGGAGGUGUCCAUCCACGUGGAGCUCUUCACCCACCCCGGCACCAGCGAACACAAAGUGCCAGGGUGA